AUGGAGGGCGGCGCAGGAAGAGGUUUGGAAUGCCAGAAGACUAUGGAUGGGAAGGCGAGUAACGGGAAUGGUUCAGAGAAGGCCAUCCCUUCUUGUUGCUUGAAGGCUAGGGCUUCUGCCCCUGAGGCCGAUGCGAAAUGUCAUUCUACUGUUGUUUCUGGGUGGUUCUCAGAAUCCCAGUCUCGCUCUGAGAAGGAUAGUAAGAAGGUUUAUUUCAACAACCCAAUGUGGCCUGGUGAAGCUCAUUCACUGAAAGUAGAAAAGAUUCUGUACAAGGGAAAAUCAGAGUUCCAAGAGAUUUUGGUUUUUGAGUCCUCAACGUAUGGAAAAGUGCUUGUUCUUGAUGGCAUUAUCCAGCUGAGUGAGAAAGAUGAAUGUGCAUACCAGGAGAUGAUAGCUCAUCUACCUCUUUGUUCAAUUCCUUCCCCCAAGACAGUUCUGGUUGUUGGUGGUGGUGAUGGUGGGGUUCUUAGGGAGGUUUCUCGCCAUCCUUCUGUUGAGCAUAUUGACAUAUGCGAGAUAGAUAAGAUGGUUGUAGAUGUAAGUGGUGUAAUGUGUCUAAGAAGUUUUUUCCCUCAGUUAGCUGUUGGAUUUCAGGAUCCUCGUGUCCACCUUCAUAUUGGUGAUGCUACUGAAUUCCUGAGGCAUGCACCUAAAGGGAAGUAUGAUGCUGUAAUUGUUGAUUCGUCGGACCCUGUAGGUCCUGCUCAAGAGCUUGUAGAGAAACCAUUUUUUGAGACAAUAGCUAGAGCAUUAAGGCCUGGCGGUGUUCUCUGUAACAUGGCGGAGAGUAUGUGGCUCCAUACGCAUCUUAUUCAAGAUAUGAUCUCUGUUUGUCGUGAAACAUUCAAGGGAUCUGUCAAUUAUGCAUGGGCGAGUGUUCCUACGUAUCCAAGUGGUGUGAUAGGCUUUCUGUUGUGCUCAACGGAGGGGCCUCCUGUUGAUUUCAAAAAUCCAGUCAAUUCCAUUGAGAAGUUAGAAGGAGCUCUCAAGCAUAAGAGAGAGCUUAGGUUCUAUAACUCCGAGAUGCACUCAGCUGCCUUUGCCUUGCCUCCUUUUUUGAGGAGGGAGGUGAGCGCUCUAUGCCAUUCUUCAACCUCAACCCUGCCAAGAUGA